AAAAAGCACACAGGCCAGUGCGGAGGAUGCUUCGUUCUCCCUCUCGCCUCCUCCUCCUCCUCGCCUCCUCGCCUCCUCACACCCCAGUAUUCUCCUCCGCCCGUGUCCGCCGCGCACCGUGCUCUCCCCCUCGAGCGUUCCUCAUCUCAUUAACACCCUGUGAGCUUAAUGUUGCUUUCCCCUUCGCCCUGACCCUCUCCGCGCCGCCGCUUGAGAAUAUCCUCGGGUCCGACGCGCGUGGAAACCCUCGCGCCUUCGAGGGAAAAGAAGUCAGGAAAAUCUUCGCUCGCAAUGACCUUCUUGAAGCUCUUAACCUACCUGGUUCUUCUGUGUCUCUGGUACCAUGAAGCCGCCACCGUUGCGAAGAUCCCACGCACGGUGACGCGCCGCUCCCUCAGCCUGGCGAGGCCGUGGGCUGCGCUCGAGACACCGUCGGGAGGGACCAACGGCUCUUCGGCGCAGGUGGGAGAGGUCCUCGUGCCUGCGGGAGAGGCGCCCCCCACGCGCAGGGCCUCGCUCAGGAUCCCCCGCCGCAGGAAGAGGGGGAGGAACCCGAAGAUGUCCAAGAAGAGGAACGGGAGGAAGUGGAGAUACGAUAAAGAGGAGAGAAGGCGGAGACGAUUGCAACAGCAGCGCCGGAAGUUGAAGUUGACUCUCGGAAUAGCUGACGAUCUCGAGAGGAAGGACGAGACGCAAGGAAAGAAGAAGAAGAAGGAACAGAGGAAGCAGGAGAGGAGAAGAGGAACGAAGCUGGGGAAUUCCUUUAAAAAGAAGAAGCAGCCGAAGGGAAGAAAAGGGACAAAGCCGAAUAUCAUUUUCUUCUUAAUUGAUGAUUUAGGCUACAACGACGUCCCUUGGCACAACCCCGACAUCCGCGCCCCCGAGAUGCUGCGUCUGGCGAGGAAGGGCAUCGUGCUGGAGAACCACUACGUGCUGCCCCUGUGCACGCCCUCCCGCGCCGCCCUCCUCACCGGCCACUACCCCUUCCGCUACGGCAGGCAGGGUUCCCACACCCCUCUGAGUCCUACAGGCCUCAACACCUCCAUGACGCUCCUUCCCCAGCGGCUGAGGAACCUCGGCUACCGCACACACCUGGUUGGAAAAUGGCAUCUUGGCUACUGCAAUAAGGCUUACACGCCCACUGCCAGGGGUUUCGAUAGCUUUUACGGAUUCUACCUUGGGAGUCAAGACUACUAUACGCAAUAUAGACAACUUGCGCCGAAAAAAGGUCGUUUGUUGUUUUUGUGA